ACACGUAUUUCCAGGUGUUGUACAGGAUGGACCUGAAACUCUCACACACCGCACACAAUUCUGCGCUAUUAUGCGGCUUUACGCUGUGCGCCAUAAUCGGUAUGCAUCUAGCUGCAGCUAUAGAAGUGUACACUCCCAGCGAUAUGGUGGUAGAAAAUGGAACCAACGUUUUACUCAAAUGUACUUUUAAAUCCACACAAGUGGUCAGCAGUCAAGCAUUAGUGACCUGGGCCUUCACCCCAGAGGGCUCUACAGUGGGGGAGUCUAUCUUCUACUACUCCGCUGGGAAAGCCAUCCUGGACAGCCCUCAGUUUAAGGACCGAAUGCAGUGGGCGGGAGACCUGAAUAAAAAGGACGCCUCCAUCCGCGUCACGGAGAUGCAGUUUACGGACAACGGUACUUACGCGUGUGAUGUGAUGAACCCGCCCGAUAUCAGAGGCAAAUCCUCACAAAUUAAAGUCAGGGUUGUGAUGAAAGAAUCGCUGCCACAGACGAGCCCGGCAGUGAUCGUGGGCGCUUGCAUCGGUGCAGUCAUAGGAGUCAUCAUCAUCGCUGUAGUGGCAUACCUUUUAGUAAGAGUUAUGCGGUCCACUCGGGACUACGAAGGCUGCACCUCUGUAGAGAGUGCGAGCGCGCGGGUGACCCGGCCAGGAAAGAAGGCCGAGUCCAGCACGGAGGGCUCGCGCUGUAGCAGCCCCUCGGCUCCUGUACAGGGCCCGGUGAUAUACGCCCAGCUCGAUCACUCCGGCAACAAAAAUAUCAACUCCGUCCAUAAGCUGGAGCCUGUGGUGUACGCUGACAUUCGUAAGAAGUAGAAACAAAAAAGACAGAGGACCUCUAACAACACUCCAGUUUAAUUUCUUUCCUUUUAAACUAACCACAGUGAAGCAUUAAAUGCAACACAUCUCAUAUAUGCAGAUGUUUUAAAUGACUGAGGGUGGCAUUCCUGCAUGCUGUCGAUCAACCGGCCUGUAGUUGAUCUGCUUCUUUAGUUCACUUUUUUACCUGCUACUGUUAUUAGAUCCUUAAAACAAGGUUCCGGAUAAUCAGUUUAGGUUCUGUUCCAGCCACUAAAACACUUAACACUUCAUUCCUAAAUGUACACGUUGUGAUGUAUGUUCUAUCUGAUUCAGUAGCUUAAUAACCUGAUUGUUAGACUAGUUAGACUAGUUUGUUUGACGGAUUUUUAUGUGUAACACUAACCACAGCAAAAAAAUCACGACCAAAUCUUCACAUGACAUUCUGAAUUACUGUGUUUAGUCUUAAACCCUAACCACAUCAGUACUUUAUAACAGAUUAGUAUUAUUAUUAACGUGUUAACGCCUGUAAACAAGCUUAAGCGGUUAAAAAAUCAUGUAAAUGGUCAAAUUUACCUGGAAAUGUUAACCUUUUUUACCAUUACAUUGUUUUUUUUCUUAUUAUUGUUUUAAUUUUGCUAAUACUGGUUCCAAAGUUAUUUCAGUACAUAUUUGCGUGAAAAUAAUGUUUGAUUGAUUUCUAGCUGUGUGGCAAUGUUGCAAUAAUUAGCAUGUGUAUAUCUGGUUAGCUGUUACAGUAUAUUUUUUUAAGCUCCAUCACUGUAAAUAUGGCGUUACUGUCGUAUUCUGGUACACAUAUUGCAUAUUUGUUUACUCAGAACAUGCCAAAAUAUUUGCUUUUGAGCAUUCCUCGAUUCCUUGAUACGUUUCCCCCGGUUUUAAGUCUUAAUCAGUCGUGUUUUGCACAUUUUAUGUUUUAAGUAUGAACACUAAUCAUGACCAAAACAUCUGAGAAAUAGAAUCAUGGACCUUCCACACACAGUCGAUAUGAUGCUUUCGUUGCAUUUGUAUGGUUUGUUUUGCUUUUUUAUUUGUAUUUUUUCGCCUUUUAAGACUCGGCCUCCUCAUUAGGAAACACUCAUGACUGAGUGAUUUUAUACUAAGUGUUGAGAAAUACGCAUUAUGUUUUAGUGCAUGCUUGAACUGAAAGCACUCCCGUCCUUCUGUUCUUCCUUAAGAAGUGUGUUAAUGCAGAUUAAUAGUUAUGAUUUGUGUUAAUCGUUAGUUUUGAGAACUGGAAUGGUGUAAAUUAGUGCCUUUUUUCACAUUUCAUGAAUUUCACAGGUCACAUGCGUGUGUCUUGCCCACUUUUAUUUUAUAUAUGAAAACGCUGUAUCUUUUUUUGUUUGUUCGAUUGUUUUUUAACAUAUGUAUAAAUAUAUAUAAAAAUCAAA